AAACAACGCUAAUCUUCUCUCUGAUUGGGUUAUUCCAUUGUCCAAUAGGAAGCGGCGUUACUAGUAGGUCACCCGGUUACUGUUGUUAUCGAUGCUGCACGUGUAAUCGAGCUGAAGAAAAUAGUUACAAAAUGUUGCGGCGUGAAGUUCGGCUCAGGAAAGAGUACCUGUACAGGAAGGCCCAGGAGGACAGACUGCGCGCUGUAGAAGACAAGAAAAAGAAACUCAAAUCUGCAUUAGAUGAUAAUAAUCUGAUACCUACAGAGAUUCGCAAACAGGCUUUACAUCUGCAGAAGCUUGUGGAGUUUGACGAUGAGGGCGGAGACGGCGUCAGCUCCCAUAUGGAUGAUGAGUACAAGUGGGCCGGUGUAGAAGACCCUAAAGUCAUGGUGACGACAUCCAGAGAUCCGAGCUCUAGACUCAAGAUGUUUGCCAAGGAAGUGAAGCUGAUAUUCCCAGGGGCCCAGCGCAUGAACAGAGGAAACCAUGAGGUUGACACUCUGGUGCAUGCGUGCAAGGCCAACAGCGUGACAGAUCUGGUGAUAGUUCACGAGACCAGAGGACAGCCAGACGGUCUCAUCGUGUGUCACUUGCCUUUCGGACCGACGGCGUAUUUCACUCUGUACAACGUGGUGAUGAGACACGACGUCCCAGACAUCGGCACCAUGUCCGAAGCCUUCCCCCACCUCAUCUUUCACAACUUCACCUCUCGCCUCGGCAGACGGGUGUCUAACAUCCUCAAGUACCUGUUUCCGGUUCCUAAAGACGACAGCAAACGUGUCAUUACAUUCGCCAAUCAAGAUGAUUUCAUGUCCUUCAGGCAUCACGUUUACAAGAAAACCAACCACAAGAACGUCGAACUGACCGAAGUCGGACCCCGUUUUGAAAUGAAACUGUACAUGAUCAAGCUGGGCACUCUGGAGAACGAGAGCACGGCGGAGGUGGAGUGGCGUCAUCACGCCUACACACGCACCGCCAAAAAGAGGAAGAGUUUAAGCGUGCAGUAAAACACACAUCCGGAGCGAUGCUGGAUAAAGACUCCAUGUGGGUUUAUCUAAGUGAUCAGAUCUGUGUGUGGAGGCAGUAUGAGUGUGUAAGGGUUUUUUUUUUGUUUUUUUAACCACAGAAAAUAACAUGUUUAUCGCUUUCUGAGGACAGAAUGUGUACAUACAGAUGUGUACAUACAGAUGUGUGUGUGUGUGUGUACAUACAGAUGUGUUUACAUACAAAUGUGU